AUGGUUCGCCACAGAAAUCUUGUUAGAAUCAUCAGCGCUUGCUCCAACUUGGAUUUCAAGGCACCCGUCCUCCAAUUCAUGCCCAAUGGUAGCCUUGAAAGAUGGCUCUACUCCCAUAACUACUGCUUGAGCUUACUUCAAAGGAUUAACAUAGCCAUCGAUGUUGCUUCAGCUAUUGAGUACCUCCAUCAUCACCAUUCUCAGGUUGUGCUGCAUUGUGAUCUGAAGCCGACCAACAUUCUUCUUGAUGAAGAAAUGACCGCACAUGUCAGCGACUUUGGCAUUGCAAAACUACUGACUGGUGAUAACCAGAGUGUAACCUCAGCGAGCACGCCGGGGACAGUUGGUUAUAUUGCCCCAGAGUAUGCUUCAACAGGAAGAGUCUCCACAAAGGGAGAUGUCUAUAGCUUUGGAAUAUUGUUGCUAGAAAUCUUUACGAGAAAGAAGCCUACUGAUCCUAUGUUUACGGGGGAAUCAAGCUUGCGACGAUGGGUAAAUGAUGCAAAUCCUACCGGCCUGUUAGAUAUUGUGGACUGCAAUCUCUUGAAAGUUGAAAAUGGAAAUGAAAGGCCGAGGAGCGACUUGAUUUCAAUGCAGGCUUGUCUAUCUUCUAUCAUGGAGUUGGGGAUUAUCUGUUCAAGUGACUCACCUAGAGAAAGGCUUCCUAUGAAGGAAGUCGUCCCAAAGUUGCGGAAGAUCAAGAUGGAUUAUUUGUUUGGCAUGUUAUGGAUGUACUACUUACCACUAUGUUUGGGAGUUUGGUAA